UUAAGGAACUGGUGGAAGUAACAAGACAGGAUACGUGUGCAUUGCUAGUUGCUACUUCGCGCCAUUUUCAGCUCAGUUGAGAGCAGCUUUGAGAGGAAAAAUGGCGGAAGGGGAGGAAGUGGAGAACAAGCAGGUGAUACUGAACCACUGCGUCAGGGGUUCUCCGAAGGAGAGCGAUAUGGAAAUCAGGACCGCCAGAACGAAGCUGAAGCUUCCGGGAGGUUCUUCGGGCGCAAUUUUGGUGAAAAAUCUCUACUUGUCUUGUGAACCAUACACUUACGUGACAAACGGCAUGAGCAAGAUGGAAGGCAAGAUCGAAGGCGUCAACUUGGAGUCCUUCAAUCCUGGCUAUCCUAUAGUGGGAUAUGGAGUUGCUGAAGUUCUGGAUUCUAGUCAUCCAAAUUUUAAGAAAGGUGAUCUGGUGUGGGGAAUCACUACAUGGGAAGAGUACAGCAUUAUCACUUCCACAGAGGGUCUCUUUAAGAUUCAGCACACAGAUGUGCCUUUGUCCUACUAUACAGGCAUCCUGGGUAUGCCUGGCAUGACUGCUUAUGCUGGUUUUUUUGAGGUGUGCUCUCCGAAGAAGGGAGAACGUGUCUUUAUUUCAGCAGCUUCUGGAGCAGUUGGCCAACUUGUUGGGCAAUUUGCAAAGCUAUUUGGCUGCUAUGUUGUUGGAAGUGCUGGAAGCAAAGAGAAGGUUGAUUUAUUGAAGAACAAGUUGGGGUUUGACGAAGCUUUCAACUAUAAAGAAGAGGCAGAUUUAAAUGUGGCUCUGGAAAGGUAUUUUCCAGAUGGUAUUGAUAUUUACUUCGAGAAUGUAGGUGGAAAGAUGCUUGAUGCCGUGCUUCUAAACAUGACCGUCCACAGCCGCAUUGCUGCCUGUGGCAUGAUUUCACAAUAUAACCUUGAGCAUCCCGAAGGAAUUCACAAUCUGCUUUGCCUACUCACCAAGCGAAUUCGAAUGGAAGGAUUUCUAGUGUUUGAUUACUACCAUCUCUAUCCUAAGUUCCUGGAAAUGAUUAUCCCACAGAUUAAAGAAGGGAAGAUUACUUAUGUGGAAGAUAUAGCUGAAGGCCUUGAGAAUGGCCCAAGUGCUCUGAUACGGCUAUUCUCAGGGCGCAACAUUGGGAAGCAGCUGGUAGCAGUUUCCCGUGGAUAAUGUAUAUAAUCUGGAAUUGCCCUUUUCAAGGUUUGUGCUUUGGUUUUGUCUAGUAUACUCGUGCAAUCUUCGGGAAGGAAAUCGUGGUUGUUGUGAAUAAUCAAUGGAACUCAUGAAAGAUCAGUUGGUGCUCUUCUGUGUAAAUCAACAGCAUUUUGCUUUAUAUCCACAGAGUUGACAUGGAGAAACAAUGACCUCUGUACAUGGCCCUGAAGAGUCCAGACUAAGGUUGCAGCUAAAACUUGAGAGUACGGGGCAAAUGAUGAUACCAUCAAUAUAUGGGCAGGUGUAUCAAACGCCAAUGCCAAUGCAAGGAAUUCACCCUAGGUAUUGAUUUAAGCAUCAAAGACUUGUUUGGAGACAAAAAGUCCCGUUGUUUAUUUGAAUCGAUAGGAGGUAUUUUAUGGAUACUUGCUCCUAGGUAUGUAUAUCCAUCAAAGUUAAUGCAUAUUCGAGAAAGCUCGACUUGACCAAGGAACUUAUUAACUGUACCAACGGGAGCUUAUGCCACUUCAAAACUCGCUCAAUUGUUAGCUUUAAC